UUGAAAUUUAAUAUCCUAACCGUGGUCGCGGUUUCUCAAUCAGGGUAGAUUAAUGGGCAGAUGAAGGUUGAUUAGUGUUCAAUCGGCUACAAAUAGAGGUUCCAGUGAGUGCGGCACCGUUAGUUAAGAUCGUACUCAUCUGUAGGAACUAUGGCGGAUUAUAAGGGUAGCCAUUUGUUGCAUCUUUCAACGAGGAAAGCUAAGAAGUUUCUUGAUUCCUUCGACACCGUACUAUUCGACUGUGAUGGAGUUCUCUGGACCGUGUUUGAACCGAUCCAGGGUGCCAAUAUGGCGCUUCAGCUCUUUCGAGAGCUCGGUAAGCGCAUCAAGUUCAUCACCAACAAUAGUGUCCGGCCGUUUGCGAGCUACCGACAGCAGCUGCUAGGGUUGGGAUAUGAUGCCGAGGAAGUGGACAUUAUACAUCCGGCUCGCUCCAUCGUACAGUAUCUGCAGGCUCGACAGUUCCAAGGUUUAAUCUACUGUCUCGGUACGGAGAACUUCAAAGCCACCUUACGGCAGGCAGGCUUUCAGCUAAUCGAUGGCCCUACGCAACCGUUACCGGAGUCAUUCCAUCAGAUCAUUGCCACCGUGCACGAUGACGCACCGGUGCGGGCAGUCGUCGUAGACAUCGACUUUAACGUCAACUAUCCGAAGUUGAUGAGGGCGGAGAUGUACUUGAAGCGGAGCGACGAUUGUUUGCUGAUAGCCGGUGCGUCUGACAAGACGAUCCAUGUACGGGACGGUUGCGACAUUGUCGGACCGGGCUGGUUUGUGGAGAUGUUGGAGCAAGCGGUUGGUAGGCGUGCGAUAUUGCUUGGUAAACCUGGGUACCAUCUGCGCUCCGGUGUCGUGCAGGAGUACGGAUUAGACCAACCAGGCCGCACAUUGCUGGUGGGCGAUAUGCUCGAGCAAGAUAUGGCGUUCGGAUCGUUGUGUGGAUUUCAGAAAUUGCUCGUCCUGUCCGGUGGUACGACGAAGGAACAGAUGGUGCGUGCGACCAACACACUACAGGAACCGGACUAUUACGCCGAUAGUGUGGCGGAUUUUAUACCGUUGUUUGAUAAAAUAAAUGAUUUAUAGAAGGCGAGAAAGAAAAGCGCUCGAUUGACCGUUUGGUGAGUUGAAAACA